UGGAUCUUCAAGCCAGUAUCCCACCUAUUGUCCGUUACUCCCCUUUCAUCGUAAAAACCGGUUGCCGGUGAUCCUCUGAGCGUGUUACAACUGUAGAGCCAUUACAAUACGCUCUCUCGUGUAAGUUUCAUCGAGAUUUCCGCUCCACGUUCUGACUGAUUUUUACCAGUAUUUAACGAGCCUGCCAGAAGUUCUCGUCACCAAAAAAAUUCAAGAUGUCACUAGCCCUUCAGAAACCAGCACCAAUUUUCAAAGGCACUGCUGUCGUCAACGGACAGUUCAAGGACAUCUCCUUGACUGAUUACAAAGGAAAAUAUGUUAUUCUCUUCUUCUAUCCCCUUGACUUCACUUUUGUCUGUCCCACUGAGAUCAUUGCAUUCUCAGACCGUGCAUCUGAGUUUCGUGAGAUCAACUGUGAGGUAAUUGGAGCCUCAUGUGAUUCACAUUUCUCCCAUCUUGCCUGGAUUAAUACAGAUCGUAAACAGGGAGGUAUUGGAAAAAUGGACAUUCCUCUUCUUGCUGACAAGAGCAUGAAAACUGCACGUGCUUAUGGUGUUCUUGAUGAGGAGACUGGUAUUCCAUUCCGCGGUCUCUUCAUUAUCGAUGACAAGCAGAAUCUCAGGCAGAUCACUGUCAAUGAUUUGCCAGUUGGACGCUCAGUGGAUGAGGCUCUACGUCUAGUCCAAGCGUUCCAGUACACUGAUAAACAUGGCGAGGUCUGUCCAGCUGGGUGGAAACCAGGCAAAAAAACUAUGAAACCAGACCCAGCCGGAUCCAAGGAGUACUUUCAAAACAACUGAAUGUUCAAGUCCAAUGACAAGGAAGAGGAAGAGGGAAUAAUAUUUUUCAUUCACAUAUUUGUUCAAUUCACACUGAGGAUAAAGAAGUCUCUUAAACAUUUUCUGAUCAAUUAAUUCCAGUAGUUUUAAGGGCGUUCGCGAGUCUCGAAGGAUUCGUAACUUUGUCACUCAUCACGCUAGUCGUGAGCAUUAUUCUUUUUUGAAAGAAAUAAAUAAAUGAAGCAUUGUCAUAAAA